CACAGAGAAGAAUUUUAGGGUUAUUUUCGAUUGAGCAGAGUAGCUAGUUCCAAAGCUCAAUGUCUACGGCUGCGGUGGCUGGAACUGGCUUACGGGAGAAGACGGCAGCGUCACUGGUCAAUUCCUUCCGAUUAGCGUCGGUCACUCAACGUUUACGUUACCACAUUCAAACCGGAGCUAAGGGUGAUGCUAAGGAGUUUCAGAUCUGUUGCAUCUCUUUCGCUAAAGGCAUUGAUUUUGCUAUAGCGAAUAAUGAUAUUCCUAAGAAGGUUGAAGAGUUUCCCUGGUUGCUCAAACAGGUGUGUCGACAUGGAACUGAUGUGUACACUAAGACGGCGGUUAUGGUGCUGAUGAUCUCUAUUAAGCAUGCUUGUCAUUUGGGAUGGUUUUCGGAUAGAGAGAGUCAAGAACUUAUCGCUCUGGCUGAUGAGAUAAGGACUUGUUUUGGGAGUUCUGGAAGCACUAGCCCUGGUAUCAAUUGUCCUGGCAGUACAUUUUCGCAGAUCAUGGAGAGGUUCUAUCCAUUUGUAAAGCUUGGGCAUGUCCUUGUUUCUUUUGAAGUGAAGGCUGGCUAUACAAUGCUGGCGCAUGAUUUUCAUAUCUCAAAGACUAUGCCACACUCACUCCAAGAGAAAAUUCGGUUAUUUGUUGCCCAGACAGACUACAUAGACACGUCUGCCUGUAUUUCAAAUCCUCCAGAAGUCAGCUUCCUGCUAAAUGGAAAGGGGGUUGAGAAGAGAGUUAAUAUUGCAAUGGAUACAGGGCCUCAACUCCCUACAAAUGUUACUGCACAGCUGAAAUACGGAACUAAUCUUCUCCAAGUGAUGGGGAAUUUUAAAGGAAAUUACAUCAUCAUAAUUGCUUUUACGGGACUGGUAGUGCCGCCUGAAAAACCAGUUCUUAAAGAUUACCUUCAGUCCGGAGUCAUUGAAUCAAGUCCAGAUUCAGACAUCAUUGAGGGGCCAUCACGAGUAUCUCUCAAUUGUCCUAUAAGUCGCAAGCGGAUCAAGCUUCCAGUCAAGGGCCAGUUAUGUAAACAUCUUCAGUGUUUUGAUUUCUCAAAUUAUGUCCACAUAAAUAUGAGAAACCCAUCCUGGCGCUGCCCGCAUUGCAAUCAACCUGUUUGCUACCCCGACAUUCGUUUAGAUCAAAACAUGGCCAAGAUAUUAAAAGAUGUGGAAUAUAAUGCUGCUGCUGUAAUCAUCGAUGCUGAUGGUACAUGGAAGGUUACAAAGAAAACUGGCGAGACCCCGGAACCUGUGCGUGAGAUCAUUCAUGAUCUAGAAGACCCAAUGAGCUUGUUAAACUCUGGUCCAGUUGUUUUGGAUCUUACGGGGGAUGAUGAUGCUGAAAUGGAAGUUUUUGGUAACAACAAGAUUGAGGACCGGAAGCCCUGUAUGUCUGAUGCUCAGGGUCAAUCUAAUAAUAACAACACAAAUAAAGAUGCUUCAAACGAUGAUUACUGUUCGAUAUUCGAUAUCUCUGAUGUGAUCGCAUUUGACCCAGUGAUAUUAUCUGCUUUGGGAAACACUGAGCCACAACCGCAUCAAGCUUUGAAUACUGGAACUGGUCAACAAUACUCCAACUUAUCCCAAAUACCAAUGUCCAUAGAUCCAAUGCAGGUACCUGUGCCAUUCUCGCAGACACCAUCUCCAAGAGAUAGACCAGCAACUACUUCCACUGUCUUCACCAUACCGAAUCCCUCUCCACAAUUCUCUCAGGUUCAUGCUUCACCUGUUACGCCCACCGGAACAUAUCUUGGUAGAACCUCUAGUCCGAGAUGGAACCAGACUUAUUCAUCUCAAGCGCCAUCAAUGACAACUCCAUAUAAGAGCCGGAGGGUCCCAGUUCCAGUAACGAGCCAGUCGGCAGUGAAUGUAUCGUCUUAUGUUCAGUCUCAGCAUGUCCCUAGAGUACUCAGCCAGCCUAAUAGUUAUGGCAUCAGAGGUCUAACCAGUAGCCAUGCAAGCACUCAAAGGCAGCACCCAACUGGUCCCACUGUUCAAUCUGUUUCUCGAACCAGUGACCUAAUGGAUGUAGACUUGACCGUUCCUGAUACAUCCAACUGGCGCCCAAGGAUGCGAGGCAGUCUUGGGUCCGGUUCUCAUUCCACUGCUCUUGACCACAUGAUAAUCCGACCUACCCAACAGUCUCAAACUUCCACAAGGCUUAACAGUUCACAGCCGGUUCAGACACCAUCGGUUCAAACGUCUCAAGCUCAGUCACCUUUUUCAACGGCUGCCUAUAGAACCGAGACAGUUUUAGGAAACCAAAACAAUCCGGUGCCCGCACCUCCUGGCUCUGUAAGGCCUACUGGACCGACAUCUUCAUGGAGAACUUGAGAGGCUAGAACAAGGAGAAGUUGGUACUUAGGAGGUAGGACACAACACUUAACUUAAUAAACUUAGUAAUUUCCCACGGGCAUGAACAGAGUUUACUUUGUAUUUAGCUUGCUGUUAACUUGUAGUGACGAUCAAAAUUUCAUAAUCAUUGGCGCAAACCGAUCUAAACCAACAGUUUGGUUUAUGGUUUUAUUGGACUCAUGAGUUAUAAAGAAUUGUUGGUAUGGGUUCGAUCAAAUUGGUUGAGAAGGUUCCAUUUCUUCUA